AUGGAUUCUUACAGUCUUAAGAAGGAUAAUAGAAAGAAAUUUCAAGAUAAGCAAAAAUUGAAGCAUAAACAUGCCACACCAAGUGAUAAAAAAUAUUAUGGUUUAAAGAAAGACGAAGAGACUAAAGAAAAGGCUCGUGUAGCAGCAGAAGAAAAAGAAAAGAAACUAGGUAAUAAUCUUAAACGAUAUGAUGAAGACAGUGACAUCAAUGAACAAUUAGAUACAUAUGAUUCCACCGCCGAUCGUCACAAACUGCAAGCUAUUUUACAAGAAAGAGCUAAAAUUGCCGCUAAUGAUAAUGAUGAUAAUAUUUCUAAUACAAUUACAAAAAAGACUCUUGGUGAGUAUACUUCUAAGGAUAUACAUACAAUGGAUGUAGAUGAAUUGAAUCGUAUGCUUGGUAGAGAGAAUGAAUCUGGUAAUGUUUUACAUAAUGAUCACUCCAAAAAUUCGAAAUCAAAGGUGAACGACCCAGUAAAACCAAUAAGCGAGAAUAAUACGGAACCUAUUGAAAAGAAAAAAUCCGAGACAUUUGUUCCUUUAAACUUACAAGAAGAUCAAGAUUUUCUGGAUGAUAUACUGUAA